GUAAUCCUUACCUGUAAAAGUCCAAUGGGCUUUUACAAAUAGGAAAUGAUGCAAAAUACAGGUCUAUAGCCAAGUGCUUUAACAUUGCCUGUUAUCGGAAGCGGAGUGAUUACUGUGGACGAGUUUGCUGAUUAUACCAAUCUUUUGAAUAAUUUUGUCUUUUUUUGUGGUCUGGCAAAUGCCAAAAAGUCGCCUUUAGGAUUGGAUUUGCAUCGUUCAUGCAAUGGAGACUCGCUAUCAUUUCAGCUACUCCACACCGACAAAUAAACGAUGGCGUCGAUGUACUAUAAUGCUUCUUCUCACUGGAGCGGUGACAAUGUUGGCAACUGCAGGUUCCACGCAAGGGUCAGUGGCUCCAAGCGUCAUGAACUCGAUCUCCCUCCAAUGGAACUUUGAUGACGGCAGGAAUGGCUGGGGUCAGUCGACGUCGCUGGAAAUGGGAGUGGAGAUCGAUGCCGGUGAUGGACGUUUACGAGGAGUGGUGCUGAAUAGCGGAGACCCGGAGCUGGCCUUUGUGGAUUCACCGCAACUGCACGUGUAUAUCGGUGCUAGUGAGCGAGAUACCCUCGUAUUCCGAAUGAAAUAUCUUGGUCAGUGUGAUCUUGCAAUGGUAUCGUUAGAGCGAUCUCCGUCCAAACCAACCGUCUGGCCAGGUGUCGACCCGAGGGUAAUGAACGACCCGAUUCGAAUCCCAUUCAAGCUGCACGCCGGCGCACAAGAACAGGAUGAUCUUUACUUCAUUCCUAUCUGGAAGCACGUGACAGGGGUCAUCCGUCGCGUAUGCUUUCACCCAUGUGUCUCGCGCAACCCCGUUACCGGACAAAGUUUCUCGAUUGACUGGAUAGCAUUCACCAAAGCACCCGUUGUGACCAAAGUCCGUGGUUGUAUCGACAAAUAUUUUGACGAUGACGACGUCCCUGGGAAUAGCGAUGGUGACAAAGCAGCACACCUCAAUUGCACAGAGGUUGAACGCUGGACCAACGGGUUUCACCACUCCUCAGCAGCAAAGUGCUCAUCAAUGCCACUACCUCGAGCAUCUACAUACAAUUGCGUGCGUGAAGGUGGUGAGUUGAUAUCCAUCAGUGGAAAACAUUUUGGCACAGCUGACGCAGUCGUUACCAUUGACGGAGUCGAAUGUUUGGACGUUGUUCAUGUCGUUCCGGAGGUGGAACUACAGUGUCGCUUACCUCCAGUAGCUUUGAAGUGGUUGGCGAAUUCAACAUAUCCGUCUAUAGUCCGUGUUCACAAUGGACGGUUGAUGGAGUUAUUUGACGAGGUCCCAUUGCUGUCGUACGCUGCGCCAGUAAGCGCACCUCCGGAGCCAAUAAUCUCCAACAUAGCAGCCCACGCAUUCGACGUUAACUGGGAGGCACCUACUGAUGUGUGGGUGAGCAUGACAGUCACAGGUUAUCGUGUAGCUUGGAAGCACUGCACAGAUGAUACGUUCUCUCUGGAUCAGUCUGUUGUAGUAGGAAAUGUAACAUCCACCACGCUCAUCGAGCUUGAAAGCUCCACAAGUUAUCAGGUAAAGGUAACACCGCUGACCGAGAACCAGUGGCGAUGGUCGAAGGAGUGGAAGGACAUUGACUUGUACGGCCGCCGUCGUAUCCUGCCGAAUGCUGUGGUUGGCUUCGACUCUCCGCUCUCUUCAUGUGUUCAAACACUCCAACAGGAUUUUUCCUUUCCUCAGUUCAGCGCUCAACUACUGACAAAUCUCAGUGCACUUCCUGAAGCCAUUGCUCUCCGUACAACUCCGACGCUUGGUCCAACUGGUGAAGUAGGCGACCAAGGACACUUCGGAUUGUACGUGAACGGCGAUGCCCAUCUUCAGAACUGCAACGCCUCAGUUUCGUGCUGUGAUGGCUUUGACGCGACAGUUCCAAGAGAUUUGACUGCAGCCAUUACAGGGUGUUCGUACGUGUGCUUUGAAAGCGAGAGUCGCAACGUCAUUUACGUCAAUGGAUCAACACAUCGCUCGUUGCCCACGAACGCCAUGGCAGCCAUGCCUUUUCCAGCGAAGCAAGUGUCUGUCUUCGACAAAUCAACUCCAGCACAACCAGUUGAUGCCGCCCCAAUUACAACAUCUUGUGGUACAGUCCUGAGGCUCACAGCGUCGCAAUCGUUCCUCACGGGCGCAGCUUGGUAUCCACGACAAAUGAACGUCCGAGAAGGAUUCACCACCAGUUUCUCAUUUCGAGCGACCAAUCCUUCAACAACAUGCCGUGUAAUGGACAACGUCCACACAAACUGCAGGUCUCGUGGAGGCGACGGCUUUGCUUUUGUGAUACAAAACGACGUGCAACAAGAGCUUGCACUGGGUUCCGGAGGUAUGUCCCUUGGCUAUGGCGGUCUCCGAAACGCACUCGCCAUUGAGUUCGAUACGUGGUUCAAUCCGGAAUUGCUAGAUGUCUACGAGAAUCACAUCAGCGUACACGUCAGUGGAAACGGAGGAGUAGUGCAGCCCAAUCAUACGCACUCUCUCGGCGCUACUAGUAAUCUUCCGGACCUGACGGAGGAUACCCACACUGUGCGGAUCACGUACAAAUCCAAUCUUGACGAAAGCAUGCUCUUCGACGAAGCAUUCACGGCCAGCACGCUAGCUGGUAACUUCUUCUCCACAGGUGCCUGGCGGUCGGGUAUCGGGCUACUCACGAUUUAUCUGGACGAUAUGAACAGCCCUGUGCUGACAGUGCCAUUACGAAUCGAGAACACUCUUGAACUCUUCCACGGUCGAGCAUGGGUUGGAUUUACUGGUGCAACGGGGGCAAACGCUUGGCAAACACUCGAUAUCCUGUCAUGGAGUCUCGACUCCUUGCGCCACAACAUUGUCAGCACACCGCAGCUUGAGGACGGCUCUCAACCUGACACGAAAUUCUUCAGCACUGAUUAGUCAGGAACAGCAAACAGUAAAAAGAGGUCAACUGAAUAGCACACAAUUUUUGUUCGACAUGCAU